AUGUCAGUGUCUCGUGUAUUUACCAUUACGGCUGUGCUUGCUACUGUUUCCACAGUGGGAUAUGCUCUAUACUUUGAUUACCAAAGAAGAAACAAUCCUGAAUUUAGACAUAAUGUGAAAAAGAGCAUUAGAAAACAAGAAAAGUUAAUGAAGUUAGAAGAACAAAAUGUUCAAGUAGCUAGAGUACAAGCCGCUGCCAAGUUUCUAGAGACUGAACUGGAGAAGGACCCUAUUCCAACCGAUGAUGAAGGUAAACAAUUAGCAUUCAAUAUUAAUAUUGAAGAAGGUGAUCAGCUUGCAGCUAAACCAGGUAACGAAUUAGAAGCGGCAUCCAAAUUUUAUAAAGCUUUGACCGUUUAUCCUAACCCUGCAGAUCUGCUAGGUAUUUAUUCCAAGAGUCUUCCAGAAUUGAUUUAUGAAAAUUUGGUUUUAAUGAUUGCGGCUAUCCCUCCAGCUAACAUUUCUACAUUUUUGGAUGAUAAUGAUUCAGUCAAGAAAGAAAUUAAUCAAGAUCUUGACUAA